GCAGAGCCCAAUGUGGUGCUUUAUGUUACAUUGUUUAUUUGGGUUAGUUUGCUGAGGAUGUGCUUGUUGGUUCUUUGAAUAUAGGAACUUUGUUGUAACCUCUUUGUGCAAAUCAUUUUUAGGCAUUCUGGGGAGGGAUGGGCUGGAGAGUUGAAUGUGUAAAUGGAGUUGAUCGUUGGUGUUUGCAGCUCCUGUUAGAUCACCAGGAUGCCAUUGCUCCAGAGCACAAUGAUCCAAUCCACGAGCUGCUGGACGACCUCGGAGAGGUGCCCACCAUCGAGUCCCUGAUAGGGGAAAGCUCUGGCAAUUUAAGUGAUCCAAAUAAGGAGGCACUGGCUAAGACAGAAGUAUCUCUCACCCUGACCAACAAAUUUGAUGUGCCUGGAGAUGAGAAUGCAGAAAUGGAUGCUCGAACCAUCUUACUGAAUACAAAACGUUUAAUUGUGGAUGUCAUCCGGUUCCAGCCAGGAGAGACCUUGACAGAAAUCCUAGAAACACCAGCCACCAGUGAACAGGAAGCAGAACAUCAGAGAGCCAUGCAGAGACGUGCUAUUCGUGAUGCCAAAACUCCUGACAAGAUGAAAAAAUCCAAAUCUGUAAAGGAAGACAGCAACCUCAGUCUUCAGGAGAAGAAAGAGAAAAUCCAGACAGGCUUAAAGAAGCUGACAGAGCUUGGAACCGUGGACCCAAAAAACAAAUACCAGGAACUGAUCAAUGACAUUGCCAGGGAUAUUCGGAAUCAGCGGCGGUACCGACAGAGGAGGAAGGCUGAGCUAGUGAAGCUGCAGCAAACAUACGCUGCUCUGAACUCUAAGGCCACCUUCUAUGGCGAGCAGGUGGAUUACUAUAAAAGCUAUAUCAAAACCUGCUUGGAUAACUUAGCCAGCAAGGGCAAAGUCUCUAAAAAGCCUAGGGAAAUGAAAGGAAAGAAAAGCAAAAAGAUUUCUCUGAAAUAUACAGCAGCAAGACUACAUGAAAAGGGAGUUCUUCUGGAAAUUGAGGACCUGCAAGUGAAUCAGUUUAAAAAUGUUAUCUUUGAAAUCAGUCCAACAGAAGAAGUCGGAGACUUUGAAGUGAAGGCCAAAUUCAUGGGAGUUCAAAUGGAGACUUUUAUGUUACAUUAUCAGGUGGGUAGGCACCAGUGGAACCAAAAGCUUUCUCUAUGAGAUUCUUGUCCAAGUAGGAGAAAUAGACAAAGAGGAGACUCACUUGAGGAAAGCUGUCUCCAUUCAGCAGUGAGCUAGGCUCCACGCUGGGGGAAAGAAGCGGAGGGUUUCAGGGUGUCUGGUUUGGUGUGUGUGCCCUGGAGCGCUUUUGCAAAUGUAAAUCCUCA